AUGGAUUUACUCACUGGGUUCCUUGUACCAACAGAGCGGAUGUCAACGCACAACCAGGGCACACUGGAUGGCACCGCUGUACCAGCGUCUGUUGACUCUUCAGAGCAAAAAGUGCUGAAGGCAGACUGUCAACUGUUCUCCAAGCAGUUCAUAUCAUGCCAGAGCAGAGAGUGUGACUUGAAGGAGUUCUUCCGUCAUGAGAACCAGUCACAUCCCGCUGCCCUCAGUGAUGGUGAAAAGCUCCACACCUGUCAGAAAUCCCACCUCACUACCAUUCUUGAGAGCCAAAUUACAACCCCUGAGGCAGAGCCAGACGCCGACACCAUCAUCAUUGAUGUGACUAAUAUAGUAGAGCAUAGCGAGUACAAACACUUUGAAGUGCCGCGCGUGUGGUACAACCUCCCCUCAGUGCUGAUGUCGAACGUCACCUCCCUGAACAACAAGCUCGACGAGGUUAUUACCACAGUGAGAACCAUCAACCCGGACAUAGUGGCGAUAACGGAACCCUGGCAAGUGUCCCCAGAGCUGUGCCAGGUGGAGGCGGGAGGGAACGUCACCAGCGCCAUGUUCACGCUGCUGGUGAGGCGGGAACACAAUGGGGCGACGCUCACCUGCACCGCCUCCAAUCCCGCCUUCCCCGGGGAACGCCACCUGUUAGACUCCAUCAUGCUGAGCGUCUACUGUGAGGAAAAGGGAAGCUGUACAGUCCACGGCUCAAACACAUGUGCACAAAUCCUCGGCACCGACCCGACACAAACGGUAACAACUACAGCGAUAAACAAUGACGCAGGUCCCCGUUAUCAUAACUCUCUCCCCGCUGCCCCAGACGAUCCGGUGUGCGCCAGGACAGGGCGGGAGAGGACCAAAGGGGUGGCCCGCGGUUCCACAGCGUCUAUCAAGUGUCUGGUGGAGGCGGAGCCAGCGGAGGACGUCACAUGGUCGUGGGUCAGGAAGCGAGUGGACGGCACGGUGGAGGAGCUGCCCGGCGAGGACGUGCGGGUGGAUGGCUUGUCCUCCAGCAUCAUCGUCACGCCCAUCACUCCCGAGGACUACGGACGCUUCCUCUGCCGCGCCGCCAACAGCGUGGGGCGGCAGCGCGAGGCCUGCGUGGUGACUCUGGUGCCCGCGGGGCCGCCUGACACGCCCACAAACUGCUCCGUGUUCCCGGCAGACUCCAGUACGGUGCACGCCCGCCCUGCCACCGCCGCCCUCACGGUCAUCUGCCUCGAGGGCAUUGACGGCGGCCUCCCGCAGCACUUCACGCUUGAGACGUGGCAGGACAACGAGCUAGUAGCUAACAUGACCAGCAUGUUCCUGGAGUGGGUGGUGGCGGGGCUGCGGCCGGGGGUGGCCGUCACGCUGCGGGUGGCGGCUCAUAACACACGGGGCCGCAGCAACGCCUUGCGCUUCGAGGUACACACCGCCAGCAUCAAGCAACACGCCGUCAGAGGCUCCAAGUGGGGCCUUCUGGGCGUGCCGCCGCUGCUGGGGGUCCUGGUGUGGGUGGGCGCAGUGCUGCUCCUCAUCCUCAUCACGGGCGUGGUCGUGGCCAGACAAAUGAGGCGCCCACCACCGCCUACGCACAACCACACUGUCAUCAUGAUGCCCACCGCCACUACCGACACCGCCGGCACCACCACCACCACUAAUACUAAUACAAUCACCGUCCCUGAUCCCGACACCUACGACCCUGGCGUGGUGUCUUCUCUAUGCCGCCCUGCCGACAGCCUGGAUGUCCUUCCCAACUCAGACCCCAUCCAGCAGACCACGCCCUCCACCACUCUCACCGUUGCGCAGGCUGCCAUGCAUCAAGGAGAGCAGGGGCAGGCCGUGGCAGGGAGCCACGACAACAACCAAGGCAACACACACACGUCCUUCCCCCGCGGGGUCUGCCUCCACAGACAGAAAAGUGUUUUCUGGGACAGUAAAGAGACGGCCGACUCGGACUCAGAUUCUACCUUCACGGACCUGACCACGGCGGGCCGGGUGGACGCCGCCCUGCCGCCAGCGUCCAGGAACUCCCUCCCGCGGGUAAAGAGGCACCUCCAGCAAUUAUCAUCCUCUCCACUCGACUUACAGCUGCCAGCGUGUCAGGUGUCCCAGGUGGUAACGACCCCCGACGGUAUGAUUCAGCGCAUCCCUUACCUCCUUCGGAUCCCGCGCUAGCUUCCCCCCUCCUCCUCGGGGGACCUACGACACCUGAUGGCCUCGGCGGAAGAGCUACACCCUCUCAUCUUCUCCAGAGACUUUCGGCAGCUGCUGACGUCAGCGGAUGUGAGACAGUUGUCUUAUUCAGGCACAGAGCUGAGGCUACUUCCUGGCACAGGCACGUGGCCGCUUGGCUCCUCGUCAGGGGAGCUCACACUUCCUCUGCAGUCUUCGGGGACUUCACGUUCGAUAACCACAGAAGAGCUCCGCUUGAUGCCCUCAUCGUCAGGGUCAUCUCCGUGGGACUCGCCAGCCACGCCAAUCUUCAGCGGGCUCUCUCCGGUCAACCAUCGACUGCCGUGCACGGAGGGGACGCAGCUUCCAUCACAGACAACCAUCACACAGCCACAACCGCACUCGCCCUGCGGCCACUUGCAGUCUCGAUCAUCUAGCACCCAACCUCUUCUUCAGGCCAUAUGCACGGAGCCCCAGCCCCAGUCCAAGCCCCACUGCCAGGAUCCUAGGCUUUAUCAGCCCUAUGUUGGUCAUCAGCCUCAGGAGCCCAGUGGGAUUCUUCAUCAUCAUGGAUCUUGUACCGUAUCUCAGGCCGCGGGAGUGAGUGCUGAGGCUCAGUCACGACUUGGCUUUGUCGACUCACACCGCCAGGCGGAGGGUUCGAGUGUGGCUGCCAGACCACAUGUCCAGAGCAAGGGGCUCCAGCAUUCAAAGGUUACAAGACCACACCCACCCAGGCUAUAGUUUCUGAAGAACUCCAAGUAUCUCUGAGGGAGCUUCAGCCCCCUCCGCACUAAGCAGUGAGGUGGAGCCCCUGCCAGACAAUAUAGAGCCGCCUCCGUCCUUUAGGUUUAGGGAGCCCGGGCAAUUCUCUCAAAUAGAAGUUGGCUUACUAACAGACACUGUUCGCCAGAGGGAGCCGGUAGGACAGCCCGUGGCUUGUCCACUGUCUCCUUCAAUGAGCCACUUGCCAAAAUAUGUCACCUGAUGGGUCGAGUGCAAAGUCUAGCUCAGCUGUAUUUCAAAGAAAACCCU